AUGCCAGUGCUUGAAGAAAGGUGGCGAGGAGAGGGCCAGAAUUUCACAAGCUGUGAAAAAUUACAAGGUAACUGUUCGUGUAGUUCUAAUAAGGAUGGGACGCCUGUUACAAAAUAAAACUUUGAAAAACCUUAACAUCUCGUUUUUAAUAGUGGGUUAACAUCGUUUAGAAUUUGUGAUGUUCUUGUAGGAGGUGUCCUUGUGGUUAUUAACGUUUAUUUACUAGACUACGAGUAGUCCCCCAUUUUUCUACCCCACGCGAGAAAAGGCGACACGCGGCGGGGAGAGCGUGUCGCCUUUUCUCGCGUGGGGUGAUUUUCACGCGCGCUCGCGUUUCGCUCGCUCUACUAUCCCUGAGGAAAAAUGGGGGACUACUCGUAGUUUAUUUAUUUAAUUACCGUUUUUAGCACUUUUCGAUGGAACUAGUAAGCAGCGGUCUUUAUGACACACAGAACGACUUAGCGGUGGUUAUUCAACCUGCUUUUCAACUGCCUCCGAAAACUAAGGUACGGGAAGCUGCUCUUUUGCUAUUUAAUUAGUUUUCCGUUUUCUGAGUGUUCAUAGAUAACGUUGUCAGAAAAUAACUUAUGAUUGUUGCCCUGAUGUCGCUCAUGUAGUUUAUUGACAUUUCUGGUAGUAAGCGGAGCUUGUUGAGCAUGAUCUUGGGAAAAGGCCGAGGGCUGCUCUUUUGGCUUUGUUUUUCACACAUCUCUAUACCCAACUAAAGAUCCUGUUCACGGAUUAAGACGGACUUUAUAGAACUUUAUCACUCUCGUAGCCAGCGUCUAUGAAAAUGUCUUGGAAUAAAAAAAGCUUUUACGUAAGAAAGGAGUUUAACUCCCACAGGCUCUGUUUGGAAGACCAACAUGGCCGCCGUUUCAUUGUUUUUGAGACACCAAUAUGGCCGCCAUGACGUCAUGUGAAAAAGCUAUAUGGUUCAAGUAUCUUGUACCAGCGCGGGAGCGGGACUUUAAAUACCUUCUUUUUGAUACUCCCCUCCCCCCAAGUAAAGCCCUCUUUAAACCAUAGUCUCUUCUUUAAAAGGGCAUUUAUGUGGCUUCCCACGGGUCCACCAGGGCUCGUUAUCAUCCAGCAAAGCCAGAAGUUUUGAAUCAUUAUCUUUACCUUUUCUUCUUGCAGGAUGGCAAGUUAGUGGAGGAAUUCUUUGGCGUAGACUGUCGGCACUUUUCAGCACAGGGCCAUGCAGCAGCAGCUCUAGCCUUAUGGAGAAACAUGGUAUUGUAUUAUCUAAUAACCACGCCUAUGCUCUUUUCUGUCCAUGCUUUCCUCUUUCUUUACUUUCUUUUAUAGAGAUAGAAGUUCUACAAGUAGGAUUAUUUUAGAAUUUGAUGUCUUAAAAGCGUUAAGUGUGGAAGGGAGUUUACUUAUAGGCUGUGGGGUCAAGCUUCCUCCCGAAACAUGUUUAGAACACGUAACAUGUUCAUGUAUCCAUUGUUUGUAGUUGGAGCCAUUUGGUUCGAAAACAAAAGGCUGGGGAGAUCAAGAAAAUCUCAAGUGUCCCACAAAG